AUGAAUAUCCAGACGGCUUCCAACGUGCUGGGAGGCACCCUUUCGGUUGAGCUCGUUAUUGAAAUUUUCCUCAACAUCACAUCGAUACGCGAUCUCGGACAUCUAUUCACGGCAUCUCGCUUCCUUUAUCGAUGCUUUCUUAGUCGAAAAAGACAAAUCAUCUUCGCCGUCUUGCAGAACGAACUCGGACCUGUCCUGACCGAUGCCCGCUUUCUCGAGCGUUUUCCUUACAAGGGCCCCGAGCAGGCAUAUCAACCGUCGGAGCAUCGUGACUGGAUCCACGAUAUGACCGCUCGAUAUAUGGGCAUGCUGUCACGAGGGGCCGACGACCCGAGGAGAGAGGAUGCUCACACGUUGCCGACGGCGGAUGAGUUGGAUGCCCUCUGCUUCACGCUGUCCGCCAUGAACUUUCUCUCCGACGUAUACUUUGCGGCGCAGCGACGUUGUUUUGGAGGGGCCGUGGCUGCUGCUGCACCUCCUUCUCGUACGGAACGCUUGCGAGUGCUUCGGGCAUUCUACCGGCGUCAGAUCGUUUGCAAUGCAUGGGCGCCAAAGAUGGGCGACAGCAUCUGGACCCACCAGGACUCGGUUGCCAUCAGCAACACGAAUGGUGACAAUGGGGUUCGGCUAGGCCUCUUCGCCGCCUUUGAACCAUGGGAGCUGCAGCAGAUCGAGCACGUCCACGUAUUCGUCAUCCAUCUGUGCACCGCCCUCGUGCUCGCCAGCGAGCGGCAUGACGGGGAAGUGUUUGGGGCCUUGUUCGUGUGUCCGAUGCAGCUGGCACUCUACAUGUGGACGCAUCCGACCGUGCAGGAGGCGGCGAUGGCCGACCUGCCUUGGUCUUGGCAACCUCCGGGUCGAGGAGGAGGUGGAGAUGUCGAGAGUGUGGCCAUGCAGUAUCGAGAUGGCCUAUGUUGCCUCGGACUCGGGUGGCAGUUCUACUUGCGAGAGAGAUUACCAGACCCGGUAAGAGAUUGGCGCGAGGCGGAAGAGAGGAUUGAGUUUACCGGCGACGACGUCGACUUGCCCCCGUUUGGCUGGGUGCACUUGCUCAAUGGCCGGUACGUGAGCUGGUUUGGUGAAGGGCUUCAGUGCGUAGCCGGUGCCGGCGUGACGGAGGGCAACGGGCUGGAGGAGGUGAAGUCGAAUUUGGUCCUGUGGAGGGAGUCUGGCUUUGCGCUGUGGGAUCGAAGCCGGGUCGAGGCCAUGGUGCAGCUGGGCCGAUGGAGACAUCUGCAGGCCGGUUGGAUUCUAUCCGAUGCCAAUGCCAUCGUUCCAUGGGGACAGCAAGACAGCGGUUUGGUGGUGCUGGUGGACCGGGAUGCGGAAGAGGCGGCCGAGUCUCGCGUUUCGGUGUGGAAUCGUCGAGAUUUGAACCGGGUGGUGCAGACUUUCCGGCGGCAGAGAUUUACGCCGCCCGAAUGGAGAACGAGGCCGGGUGUUUCAUCGCAGCUGGACUCGGGUUCGCACCAGGACUCCACGUCGGACUCGGAUUCGGAAGAGGACUCGGAGGAGUCGGGGUAUGAAAGCGAAGCAUCGUAG